AGAGACCAACAGAGUCCACUACCUGCUAAAAAGACUUAUUACAGUUGGGAUACAAACACUAGAGACAAACUUACACAAGCGAUCAAUAAACUCUACUCCCUAUACAAAGAAAUGGAGAAUUGGGAUCACAUAGUUCCUCAGUCCUUAAAAGAAGUUCAAGUACAGCUCAAAAACAUCUCUAACAUAGAACAUAUAUUAAGAAUAGCCU